GCAACUCUAAGCUGGGCGUUUCCGCUUUAUUAGAGGACCUCUUGCCCCUGUUUUACGCUGCCAUUGAGCUUUUGUUGAUGCAGGGAGUUAAAACCCUUUAAAUGUAUUCAACACCGGUUUUACGUUUUGAUUUAAUAUUGAAUAUAGCAUUAUAUUGUGGCUAUGCAAUCCAUAAAAUGUGUGGUCGUGGGAGAUGGGGCCGUUGGCAAAACUUGUCUUUUAAUAUCUUAUACUACUAAUGCUUUUCCUGGAGAAUAUAUACCCACCGUUUUUGAUAAUUACUCUGCAAAUGUGAUGGUGGACGGCAAGCCAAUUAAUCUCGGGUUGUGGGACACGGCUGGACAAGAAGAUUACGAUCGCCUCCGACCGUUAUCCUACCCACAAACGGAUGUUUUUUUAGUGUGCUUUUCUCUUGUCUCUCCAGCCUCCUUUUCGAACGUGAAGACUAAGUGGUGUCCUGAAAUCGGCCAUCAUUGUCCCAACGUCCCUGUGCUUCUCGUGGGCACUAAAGUUGAUCUCCGCGACGACCCCGCAACAAUCGAAAAACUAAAAGAAAGGAAACUCGCUCCCAUUACUUGCAGUCAAGGGCAUCAACUUGCUAAAGAAAUUAAGGCGGCAGGAUACGUGGAGUGCUCCGCUUUGUCGCAAAAGAAUUUAAAAUUGGUUUUUGACGAGGCUAUUCGUGUUUGUCUAGCACCGCCGCAGAAGGAAAAGAAAAAAUCGGGCUGUUUACUUUUGUAGAUAAAGUUCAUCGCUUGGAGCAAUAUAGUGCCUUUUUUAUAGAUUUAGAAGUAUUUUACUUAGUGAGGGUUCUAGUUUAUAAUCUACU